AUGAAAUAUAUCCCCGAGGCCUCUCAAAAACUACGAGCAUUGGCAGCCAAUGCAUUGGCUGAAAUCAACCAAAGUAGGCCUCCUCCACUUAUGCCCUUGACCCUCCAGCUUCUGGAAUCUAAAGCUAUCGAGAUUGCGCUUCUGAACACGCUUAUAAAGAUUUCUUGUAUGAAUAUGCAAGACCGCCACUAUGACAUAUAUACUGAAGAGACGGCAAAAGACAAUAUCAUCCACCGGCACAGUUAUAUUUUACUUGCAUCUCGUUUGUCUGCAGAGGACGACAACACCACACCAUCAGAUCGUGUGCUGGGAUUUCUUGCGUUUAGACCGAUAUUAGAGAACGGCAAAAGGCAGCUCUACAUCUGGGAACUCCAAAUUGAUGCUCGUUAUCAACGAAAGGGACUGGGGCAGAUGCUCAUAUGGAGUCUGAUAGACUUAGGGAAGAAUGUCAUGUCUCCCGAGAAGUUUUCCCUCUGCUUGACUUGUUCUAAACGCAACGAAGCGGGGUAUAUAGCAUAUACUAAACUGGGGUUUGCUCUCAACGGAGACAGCGAGGACGAAGAUCCCUUUUGGAUUCUUGAACUACAAGUAGAGUAG